AUGUCGCGGCAUCUCGACGAAAGUCAUCUCGACGCUCUGAGCAUCAUUGAGCGAGUCAACUCCGUCUUUUCAUUACUCGGCUCCGUCUUCAUUAUCGGUACCUUUCUAUUAUCCAAAGCAUUCCAUAAACCGAUCAACCGCUUGGUAUUUUACGCUUCCUUUGGCAAUAUGAUCGUCAAUAUUGGCACAUUAAUGUCCAGAUCAUAUAUUGGUGAUUCUAACUCUGUGGGCUGUCAAUUGCAAGCUUUCCUUAUCCAGAUGUUCAUGCCCGCGGAUGCCUUCUGGACUCUCACCAUGGCCAUCAACGUCUACUUGACGUUUUACUACAAGUUUGACGCUCAGAGAUUGCGUAAGAUGGAAAUCUACUAUCUUGUCGCAUGUUAUGGUAUCCCAUUUGUUCCAGCCUUUGUCUACAUAUUUAUCCGGAACGACGAUGGUGAAAGAAUGUACGGUAAUGCCACACUCUGGUGCUGGGUCAGCACCGAAUGGGACAUAUGGCGUAUUAUAACUUUUUAUGGUCCUGUUUGGCUUGCUAUCAUUGUUACCUUCUUCAUCUACAUCCGUGCCGGCAGCACAAUCUACCGCAAGCGCAGAGAAUUGCACGGCUUUAGUUCGAACGACCGAGAUUUAGCUUACGGCGGUGGAGAUCAUAUUACUACACUCAAGACGACCGAAGUCUCGGUGACGACAGAGGUUGUGAAGCCGGACGGGAUCCUUUUACAGCCCAUGGGCGGCCGUGUGCCAGGCUGCGGCAAUCCUAGCGCUACCAGUGGAAACUACUCAGUUCACAUAUCAGCUCAGCCAAGCUCUGGGGAUAUCGAAGAGGAAAUGUCCCCUAUCGACAGGGAGCAGACACGAGCCAGUAUCCAAGUUCCUCAACAGCAGCAACGUUCUGCCGCCCAAACGAAUCGAAGACGGAAUCGUGAACUUAACAACGCCUCGUGGCAGUACACCAAGUGCGCCAUACUGUUCUUUACGGCGAUCUUGAUCACAUGGGUUCCCUCGAGCGCCAACCGUGUCUAUUCCGUUUUCCACAAACGUUCGUCGGGACCUCUCGAGUUCAUGAGCGCCUUUGUGCUUCCCCUUCAGGGUUUCUGGAAUGCCCUCAUCUACAUCGUUACAUCUUGGAGCGCGUGCAAAAACUUGAAGAGCGACUUACGCAUGGGUCAACGUCCAGAUGUGACGGAACUUGUCGGUGGUAUGAGACCUGAAGUUGGACCUAACCACCACACGGGUCACCACCGACAUAGUCUUGGCCAUAUCCGACGAUCCAAUAAGUACGAGACGGAGAGUAUGACUGAAUUGGCAAACGAGAGCCGGUCAACUUCGAAUGACGAGCGACGAGAUCAUGAGUCUGUAUGA